AAUUAUUCCAAAAUGUCGGUCAUGCAGAGACAUUUCUUUCAGGUUUAUGUAAAAAGUAAGGGAUUGCAAACAUGUCAUCUUAUAAACAGACGAGUAUUCCAUCGGUUGAGUGCCAACUUAUAUUCUCAGAACCCACCUACAUCGAAAUUCGACGAAAGACCAGAAUUUCCGGGAUCAAAGUCGGAAUUUAUCAGCAAAUUAAAGUUCAUUGAUCCUGACAAAGUAGAUGGAAUUCCUGUGUACAGAGCAUUGGGUCGAGAUGGUAAAAUUCUGGAGGACAGUGAAGAUCCAAAAUUGGAUUCCGAAACUGUCAUCAAAAUGUAUAAAGAUAUGACUUUAUUAAAUACUAUGGAUCGGAUAUUAUAUGAAUCUCAGCGGCAGGGAAGAAUUUCAUUUUAUAUGACAAACUAUGGAGAGGAGGGCACCCAUAUUGGUUCUGCUGCUGCUCUGGAUCAAAAAGAUAUGGUGUUUGGUCAGUACAGAGAAGCUGGUGUGUUAAUGUGGAGAGGCUUUACUUUGGAUCAAUUCAUGGACCAGUGUUAUGGUAAUGAGAAUGACAUUGGUAAAGGAAGACAGAUGCCUGUACAUUAUGGAUCCAAAGAAAUGAACUUUAUGACAAUAUCCUCUCCACUGGCCACACAAAUGCCACAAGCAGCUGGUGCAGCUUAUGCAUACAAAAGAGCAAAAAAUGGGUUAUGUGUCAUCUGUUAUUUUGGUGAGGGUGCAGCUUCAGAGGGAGAUGCUCAUGCUGCAUUCAACUUUGCUGCAGUAUUAGAUUGUCCAGUCAUAUUCUUUUGUAGAAAUAAUGGUUAUGCUAUAUCUACUCCAGUGAAAGAUCAAUACAGAGGAGAUGGCAUAGCAUCAAGAGGCAUAGGUUACGGCAUGCCAACUGUGAGAGUUGAUGGCAAUGAUGUUUUUGCUGUAUACAAUGCUGUGAAAAGUGCUAGAGAUAUGUGUGUAGCUCAGAAUAGACCAGUUUUAAUUGAAGCUAUGACAUAUCGUAUUGGACACCACAGCACAUCAGAUGAUAGCUCUGCAUAUAGAUCUGUAGAUGAAGUUAGUUAUUGGGAUAAGCAAGAUAAUCCAAUAUCACGUCUUAGAAACUAUAUGACCAAUAAUAAUUUCUGGGAUGAAGAGAAAGAAAAAGCCUGGAAACUUAAAGCACGCAAAUUGGUAAUGAAAUCUUUUGCAGAAGCUGAAAACCGUAAGAGACCUAACCCUGAAGAAAUGUUUAAUGAUGUUUAUGAUAUAUUACCUAAACAUUUAGAAGAACAAAAGAAUGAAAUGAAAGCACAUGUGAAACAGUACAAAGAAAAUUAUCCUCUUGAGCAUUAUGACAAAUUAUUCUAAAAGCCAUAGAUGAACACUUUUUUUUUCUAGGAAUGGGGCAGUUUUUAAGAAAAAAUCUCACAAUUAGUGUUGAAUCACAUACCGGUAAAAAAUAUAAAAAAUUAUAAUGAUGUAAAUUUAUAGAAGUGACUGAAAGACACAUAUUGUAUUCUCUAAAUGUGUAUUUUUGAUAAUGACACUAUUAUAUAAUAAGUUUAUCAAUAUAUACAUUUAAUUGUGUUUCUGUCUAAAUAUUCCAAGAAAUUUUAUACAUGUUAUUUUUUUUUAUGAGCUGGAUGAGCUCAGUUUCACUUUUCUGUAUGAAGCUUACUUUAGAAUGAAAUCUUAACAUCUUGUUUGUCAUUGGUUACUGGCAAAAGCAUGGAAUUAUCAGAUACUGAUCUCUGAAAUUUGUUCUAAUUAGUAGGACAAAAAAAUGCUAUGUACUAUGUUUCAUUAAGUUUAUUUUUACUUCAGUAAUAAUACAUGUGUGCAGUUUUC